AAGAAGUAUAGAAGAUGUGCUAGAUAUAAGUUUAUUAGAAUCUACAAAUAUUCCUUUGAUAAAUAUAGAAUUAGUAACUUCUGAGACAAGUAUAAUAGUUGAUUUACUUACAGAAACAGAAUUAAGUGAUGAAAAGAGCAUUCAUAUCUCAGCAGGAGAUAU